UUAAACAGGACCUUUUAGUGCGGGCUGCAGAUGCUGCUGCUCCUCUUACUCGCUUCCCAGCAGGCCUCAGGGGUGGAGGUGGAGGUGUAUGAGGGGGCGGAGUCUGUCCUGCUGCCCUGUCAGGUACCACAGAAUGUUUCCAAUGAGUCCACAGCAGCAGUGUGGGACCGUGAGGAGCUCAGCAUCUCAACAGUCCACGUGCGUCUGCAGAGCGGAGAUGAUUAUACUUAUCAGAACCCUCGUUACACCAACCGAACAUCAAUGAGAGCUGACGCUCUGCAGAGUGGAGACCUCAGCCUCACUCUGAGGAACCCUACAGGCUCUGACAGUGGAACCUACACCUGCACCACCCGCAAAGAUGGAGAAGAUCAAAACAAGAGCCAUCUGCAGCUGAAGGUGGCAGAACCUCCAACUCCACCACCUUCAAUCUUGUCGACAGUUCUACCUGCUGUCCUGGUUCCUGUGGUUCUUGUGGUUGUCCUGGCUGUCAUAUAUCUUCAAUGUAAAAGGCAGACGAGCAGAGAAGAUCCUGAGUUGGAGAUGGUGGAAGUGACACAGGGAGAGGACUCUGUUGUGCUGCCCUUUAUAACUGAAGAUCGCACAUUUACGGAUGUCAAAGUAGAGUGGACACACAAAGGCAAGAAAGUCCACGUGUAUAAGCAUGGCAGAAACCAGCCAGACAAACAGGAACAGGAUUACAAGGAUCGCACAGAGAUGAAUGAAGAUGCACUGAUAGCUAAAGACCUCAGUCUGACCCUGAAAGCCCCCCAACCUGGUGACCAUGGUGGCUACACCUGCACCGUCUACAGUAAGGGUGGAAAAAUCCUGCUACAAAAAAUGGUGUCACUCAGUAUCACAGCUCUCCAGGCAGAGAUGGUGGAAGUGACGUGGGGAGAGAAGUCUGUCGUGCUGCCCUUUAAAACAAAAGAUCUUCCUCAGAACAUUAAAGUGGAGUGGAGACAUCACAACAUGAUGGUCCAUAUCUAUCAGAGCGGCCCAAACCAUUCCAACUUACAGGACCGGAGUUACAGAGGUCGCACAGAGAUGAUCGACAAUGCCCUGAAAAAUAAAGACCUCAGUCUGACCCUGAAGGACCUCCGCCUCACUGACACUGGAGUCUACACCUGCACCGUCUACAGUAACAGUGGGCACAUAAUGCUACAGAAAGUAGUCACACUCAGUGUCAGAGUUCUCCAGACAGAGAUGGUGGAGGUGGAUCAGGGCCAGAAUUCUGUCCUGCUGCCGUUUAAAAUCACAGACGAGCUUCCUCACAGUGUCAAAGUUCAGUGGAGACUCACGUAUCCUGAAAUCAAGAUGAUUCACUGCUUUGACAGCAGCCAGAAUCACCCUCUCUCACAGGAUCAGGUUUAUGGAGAUCGAACAGAGAUGAAGAGAGACCCACUGAGAAAUAAAGACCUCAGUCUGACCCUGAAAGACCUCCAACUUACUGACAGUGGAGUCUACACCUGCACCGUCUGCAACAAGGAUGGACUCAUGCUGCUACAGAAAGUAGUGACUCUCAGUGUCAGAGGAAAACAACGAACUUCCAGGUCUCAACGAGCUUCAACGUCUCAACAAGCUUCAACAUCUCAACAAGCUUCAACAUCUCAACAAGCUUCAACGUCUCAACAAGCUUCAACAUCUCAACAAGCUUCAACGUCUCAACAAGCUCCCAGGCCUCAGCAAGCUCCCAAGUCAAAAGAUUGUACCGUGCAAUGAGUAAUGUCCUCUUUCUCCCUCCACUUUGUUCCUUCUCUUUUUGUUCAGUUGUUAAAGUUGGUGUGAAAUGUUCAAUAUGAAGGUCCCUAUAAUACAAUAAAUAUCUGAUCUGAUCUUGACUGAUCUUUAAAGCCGCCUAGUUGUGCACCUCUGGACGUCUUCCAGUACUGCUGGCUUUUUAGAUCACUCCAUGGAGCAGAUGUUCUAACCAUGUGCUCCAUGGUCAAAACAUCUGCCUCAGUCUUACACAGAGAGCAACCAGUGACUUGUUUCAAACUGCCCUGACCUUUAUGUGGAGGAUAAUGACUGCUGAGGAGACAUAUAGUAUUGUCCAGAAGUCUUAACCAAACGUGGAAAUACGGUACAUGAGGCAAAAGCAAUCUGUAUAGGUCUAAUGAGUUUAACAGUCAGUGUUUGGUAUUAAUUUAUUCUUCAACACAGCCUGAAAUUGCAUGGGCAGGUUUCUUGUAAUUGAACAGUGGAGACAGUAGUCUUCAGAAAUAGUUCUCAAGGCUUCUAAAAGGACAUUCAAGCUCUUCUUUGGAUCUUUGCUGCCUUUUGCUCCGUUGUCUGUCAGGAUGAUCCUGCACUGCUUCAGUACGCCGAAGUCUGGGCUCUGGGGAGUCUAAUCCAUGAAUAUAGUGUUCAGUUGUGUGUUUCCAAUCCAGGAAUGCUCUCACAACAUUGGCAGUGUGUUUGGGAUGCUGAUCAAUCUGUUGCCAAUAAGAUGGUUUCCAGAUGGAUGGUCAAUCAAAAUCUGAUGGUACUUUUCUGUGUUCCCAUUCUACUUUUAAGGCCUUUACACACCGGAUGCUUAAAUUUCUUGUGAAUGUUUCAUGUGUUAAAAAUGUUUUUUUGGACUCAAAUGUCCUUGAUGCAGCCGUUCACACCAACCACAUCAUUUCACAGGACGAAUUUG